UUUAGUGGAAGUUGUGUUGUGUUGGGACAAUUGGUGGCUCUCAAAUUCUGCACCGCACAUAUACCCACCCUGCUUGCCACGCCACAUUCAUCUCACCUUUUCUCUCUCUCUCUUUCUUGCUUUCUAUCUCUAAGCACUUGGGUGUGUAGAGAGUGAGUCUAUGUUAUUUGUGGCGGAGCAUGAACUCCAACACUUCGAAUUCUCAGUCAAUGGCGGUGGCGGCGAGUGAUGGGUCGGGGAAGAAGGUGAGGAAGCCUUACACCAUAACCAAGUCAAGGGAGAGUUGGACCGAGGAAGAGCACGACAAGUUUCUUGAAGCUCUUCAACUAUUUGACAGGGAUUGGAAAAAAAUUGAAGAUUUUGUAGGUUCAAAAACAGUUAUUCAGAUUCGAAGCCAUGCUCAGAAAUAUUUCUUGAAAGUUCAAAAGAAUGGGACUGUGGCUCAUGUGCCUCCUCCCCGUCCUAAGCGAAAAGCUGCUCAUCCUUACCCACAAAAAGCAUCAAAAAAUGUUUUGGUGCCACUACCAGCUUCCAUUGGUUAUACUUCUUCAACAAACAUGCUUGCACCUGGCUUUGCCACAUGGGAUGAAACCUCCUUGCUGAUGAAUACAGGACACAGUAAAUCCAUGACCUGUCAGGAUGAACCCAACAAUAUUCGUGGAAAUGAAGCUGAUAUUGGAUCAAAGGGGAUAACAAAGAUUACCAACAGCAGUCUUAGUGGUGUCAGAAAUUCUACUAGAACACUACAGACUUCUGAGAUACCAAAGCAAGGGAAACAAGCUCCGGUUCUUCAUGGUUUGCCAGAUUUUGCUGAAGUUUACAGUUUCAUUGGAAGUGUAUUUGAUCCAGAUACAAAUGACCAUGUCCAAAAGCUGAAGGAAAUGGAUCCUAUAAAUUUUGAAACUGUUUUAUUGUUAAUGAGAAACCUCACUGUCAACUUGUCUAGCCCUGACUUUGAACCCAUCAAGAAGGCAUUGUCAGCAUAUGAUGUGAAUGGCAUGGCAGUAGGAGUUGGUACAGGAAUUGAUGUGAAGAAGCAGACAAAUGAUCUAUCAUGUCAAACUGCUUAACCACUAGCAAUUUGUUGAUAUGUUAGGUAGGUCAAAUUUGGAUGGAAGGCCGAGGUUUUGGUCGGGCAGAAGUAGGGCAUGGAAAUAUCUUGCACUCGCUGUAAAGCCUGUAAAAAUGUAACCAUAGUCCUUUGUAACACACCCAAAAGUAGCAUGCCUUAGAAAGCUGAAGAGCACAACAUAUUUUUCAGCUGAUUCUAUGAUCUGUAACAUUUGUUGUAUUGCAGUGAUUUUGUUGCCUUAAAGUAGAGACAUAGGUUCAUAAGAUAUUCUUCCUGAUACAAAUGUAUCAUCAAAAUUUAGAAAAAAAAGGGAGUAAACUGCUGUCUAGUAUCAUUGUCAAAGUGGCCUUUCGUUCCAAAAUUUUUGUCUGUAAAGUCACACUUUCACAUACUUUAUUUUCUUGUUUCAGUCUUUUUCA